AUGAGUUUAUAUUCUAGGUUAGAAUUAACAUAACCAAUUUUAGUGGCUUAGGCAUUUGAAAGUUCUGAUACAAAUGUGUUCUAAUAUGCAAAUUCAAUGAUAAUUCUUAAAGAUAAUACAAUUUAUUAACUUCAUAGAGCCUAGAAAUUUUAUAUAUCAGAGGAAUAUUAAACUUAAGACUUCAACAAUACAAUAAAUUAUCCAAUAUUUAUUUAUAACUUUUCUGUAACUACAUUAUUAAAUGACAAAGUUUGUUACUAAACCUCAAACUAAAUGAUAAUUUUAUAUUCAAACUUCAAUUUAAGUUUAAAAAAUAUCAUCCCUCAAUCUAAAUUUUUCACAUAUCCAAUGAAUUUAAUUCUAGAUAGAUAAGUCGGAUAUUGUUAUUUAAUUUAAAAUUAUGAUUAAAACUAAUAUUUCAAUUUAACUUAAUUUUCUAUUAAGCCUAGUAAUAUUUCUAAUAAUAUUCAAAAUUACUCCUUAAUUACUUAAACAAAUAACCAAUACUUUGCUUUUGCAGAAUAAGUCUUAUAUUUAAACUGUAUAUAGUAACUUUAAUAAUCUCUAUAAUUAUAGUUAUUCAUUUCUGAAUUUGAGUGA